AAAAAGAAGUAUGAAAUGUUCCCUAAACCUGUUUUUUUUGUUUUUCAUUUUUCUAAACGAUUGUGUAGUGCACCUGGAAGUGGUCCCAUGUUCAGACCAACCACAGUGGCUGUAGAUGAAGAAGGUGGAGAUGAUGAUAAAGAAGAAUCAGCGACAAACAGUGGCACAAGUGCCACUGCCACUUGUGGCCUGGGAUCUGAAUUCUCCACAGAUAAAGGAGGCCCUUUCACUGCAGUACAAAUCACUAAUACCACUGGACUGGCACAGUCUCCUGGGCUAGCCUCUCAAGGCGUCAGCUUUGGCAUUAAGAAUAACCUGGGGACCCCACUGCAAAAAUUGGGAGUGUCAUUUUCCUUUGCCAAGAAGGCUCCUGUCAAACUCGAAUCAAUAGCAUCAGUUUUCAAGGACCAUGCGGAGGAAGGGACCUCUGAAGAUGGAACAAAAGCUGAUGAGAAGGGUACAGACCAAGGACUGCAGAAGGUGGGAGACUCCGAUGGUAGCAGUAAUCUCGAUGGUAAAAAAGAGGAUGAAGACCCUCAGGACGGAGGGUCCCUUGCCUCAACGUUAUCUAAGUUAAAAAGAAUGAAGCGAGAAGAAGGAGCUGGGGCUACAGAGCCAGAGUAUUACCACUACAUCCCUCCAGCACACUGCAAAGUAAAACCUAAUUUUCCUUUCCUACUCUUUAUGAGAGCCAGUGAACAAAUGGAAGGUGAUAAUAGUACACAUCCAAAGAAUGCCCUAGACAGCAAAAAAAGUAGUUCUCCCAAGCCUAAAGGCUGCAUCAAGGUGGCAGCAAGCCAAGGAGCAGAAAAGACAGUUGGUGAAAUCUCUGAACAGCAGAUGGAAACCAGUGUGGCUGAGCCCUCAGAGCCUGAAAGCAAAGCUGAGACAAAGAAGGCCUCAGGAGGGGAUGUAAGUGAGCAUAGUUUAGAGAGUCAGAGUCAGAAGGAUUCAGAGAUCCAAAUGUGUGAGUCUUCUCCUCCUAAAGAAAUCUCUCAGGCCACUCCAGCAGGGAAAGAAAGCCAGGAGGGACCCAAACAUCCUACUGGUCCCUUCUUUCCAGUUUUAAGCAAAGAUGAAAGCACUGCCCUCCAGUGGCCAUCAGAACUAUUAAUUUUCACGAAGGCAGAACCCUCCAUUUCUUACAGUUGUAAUCCUUUGUACUUUGACUUCAAGCUUUCAAGGAACAAAGAUGCCAGAGCUAAAGGGACAGAAAAACCAAAGGAUAUAGGAGGCUCCUCAAAGGACCAUCUCCAAAGCCUUGAUCCUAGUGAGCCAAAUAAAAGCAAAGAGGAGGGAGAGAAUGUAGAACAUUCUUCAGGAGGCAGAAUAGAUGCACCUGCUUCAGGGUCUGCCUGUAGCGGCCUGAAUAAGCAGGAGCCUGGGGGUAGCCAUGGGUCAGAGACAGAAGACACAGGGAGAAGCCUUCCUAGCAAGAAAGAACGAUCUGGGAAGUCCCACCGACACAAAAAGAAGAAGAAACACAAAAAAUCCAGCAAACACAAACGGAAACACAAGCCUGACCCAGAAGAGAAAAGCUCUAAGGCAGAGUCUGGGGAGAAGUCUAAGAAGCGCAAGAAGCGAAAACGAAAGAAGAAUAAGUCAUCAGCCCCAGCAGAUUCUGAACGGGGGCCCAAACCAGAACCCCCUGGUAGUGGUAGCCCUGCACCACCAAGAAGACGGCGGCGAGCCCAAGAUGAUUCCCAGCGGAGAUCCAUUCCAACUGAAGAAGGGAGCAGUGGCAAGAAGGAUGAAGGUGGAGGCGGUGGCAGCUCCCAAGAUCAUGGUGGGAGGAAACACAAAGGUGAAACUCCAACUUCAUCCUGCCAGCAAAGAGCUAGCAGCAAACGGAGCAGCCGAUCCAGCCAUCGAAGUCGACCCAGUAGUGGAGAUGAGGAUAGUGAUGAUGCUUCAUCACGCCGGCUGCACCAGAAGUCUCCAUCCCAGUACAGUGAGGAGGAGGAGGAGGAAGAGGAGGAAGAAGAGUCAGGCAGCGAGCAUUCCCGUAGCCGCUCACGGUCUGGCCGGCACCAUUCCUCUCGCCGUUCCUCCCGGCGUUCUUACUCAAGUAGCUCAGAUGCUUCUUCAGACCAGAGCUGCUAUAGUAGACAACACAGUUACUCUGAUGACAGCUAUAGUGACUAUAGUGACCGAUCACGAAGGCACUCCAAGCGCUCCCACGACUCUGAUGACUCAGACUAUACCAGUUCCAAGCACCGAUCCAAGCGGCACAAAUAUUCAUCUUCUGAUGACGACUAUAGCCUCAGUUGCAGCCAGUCCCGAAGCCGAUCUCGGAGUCAUACUAGGGAGCGCUCAAGAUCCAGGGGCCGCAGCCGCAGCAGCAGUUGUAGUCGCAGCCGGAGCAAACGGAGAAGCCGCAGCACCACAGCCCACAGCUGGCAGCGGAGUCGGAGCUAUAGCCGGGACCGCAGCUGCAGCACCCGGAGCCCUUCGCAGAGAUCAGGCUCCAGGAAGGGGUCAUGGGGUCACGAGAGCCCUGAGGAGAGGCGUUCUGGUCGUCGAGACUUCAUUCGCUCUAAAAUCUACCGCUCCCAGUCUCCCCACUAUUUCCGAUCAGGCCGGGGAGAAGGUUCCGGGGAGAAGAAGAAAGAAGAUGGCAGAGGAGAUGAUGGUAAAGGGAUAGGCCCACCCUCCCAGAACAGCAACACUGGCCCAGGAAGAGGGUCAGAAGGUGACUGCAGCCCUGAAGACAAGAACUCUGUCACUGCCAAACUGCUACUGGAGAAGAUCCAGUCAAGGAAAGUGGAGAGGAAACCCAGUGUGAGUGAGGAGGUGCUGGCCACCCCUAGUAAAGCCGGGCUCAAGCUCAAGGACCCUCCACAAGGUUAUUUUGGGCCCAAGCUCCCCCCUUCUCUUGGCAAUAAGCCUGUCCUUCCACUGAUAGGGAAGCUCCCAGCUACCCGAAAGCCCAACACCAAGAAAUGUGAAGAGUCUGGCUUAGAAAGGGGGGAAGAGCAAGAGCAGUCAGAGACAGAAGAAGGGCCUCCAGGGAAUAGUGAUGCCCCAUUUGGACAUCAGUUCUCCUCAGAGGAAACAGCUGGCCCCUUCUCAGACCCACCCCCAGAAGAGCCAAAGUCUGAAGAAGCUACUGCUGAUCACCCUGUGGCUCCGUUAGGCACCCCAGUGCACUCUGACUGCUAUCCUGCGGACCCAUCCAUCUCCCAUAACUACCUCCCUGACCCCAGUGAUGGGGACACCCUCGAGUCCCUGGAUAGUGGCAGUCAACCAGGCCCUGUGGAAUCCAGCUUGCUGCCUAUAGCGUCAGACCUUGAGCACUUCCCCAGUUAUGCACCUCCCAGUGGGGAGCCUAGUAUUGAGUCAGCUGAUGGGGUUGAGGAUGCUUCCCUAGCCCCACUGGAAAGCCAGCCCAUCACCUUCACUCCCGAGGAGAUGGAGAAGUACAGCAAGCUCCAGCAGGCCGCGCAGCAACACAUCCAGCAGCAGCUUCUGGCCAAGCAAGUAAAGGCCUUUCCCGCCUCGGCUGCCCUGGCCCCAGCCACUCCAGCCUUGCAGCCCAUCCACAUUCAGCAGCCGGCCACAGCCUCUGCCACCUCCAUCACAACUGUUCAGCAUGCCAUCCUACAACAUCAUGCCGCAGCAGCUGCUGCCGCCAUUGGCAUUCACCCCCACCCUCAUCCCCAGCCACUUGCCCAAGUACAUCAUAUUCCCCAGCCCCACCUGACCCCCAUUUCCUUGUCUCACCUCACUCACUCAAUCAUCCCUGGCCAUCCUGCCACCUUUCUAGCUAGCCAUCCCAUCCAUAUCAUUCCCGCCUCAGCCAUCCAUCCUGGGCCCUUUACCUUCCACCCUGUUCCACAUGCUGCCCUCUACCCUACCCUACUUGCCCCCCGGCCUGCUGCAGCAGCUGCCACUGCCCUCCACCUUCACCCACUACUUCACCCCAUCUUCUCAGGUCAGGACCUGCAGCACCCCCCCAGCCAUGGAACAUGAGUUGGGGGAUAGGAGCCCAGGUAGGGCCAGGGAAGGUGACCCAUAGAUCUUCCCUUGGGGUGUUGAGCCAUUAAUACCAGCAAGUAGAAGCUGGAAUGGGCAGUGUCUGACAGCCAAAGAAUUGAGUUUUGGCUUGCAGGGGUGGUUUUAGGAUUUGAGGUUUGCUUUGGGUUUACUAUCAGGGAUUUUUUUCCCUUUUCCCCUUGUUUGUCCCUCCGUCUCCUGUGUUUCUAAGCUUGGGAACACCAGUAAGUGCUACCCACCCCUCUUUGGCAACAUCUCCAAACUGUUGAGUUUAGAUACUCCCCUCCUCUCUCUACUUUCUAUCCUCUGCACUUGUCUAUAAAUUUUAAAACAUUUUCCUCCUCUCUGGCUGGCGGGCUUUCCAUCUGGUCCUGCCUUAUCAGUGUCUUUGACCUUGGUGACCUUAUUUAUCCCGGGUGAAGUGGAAAGGGAGUCUGACCUGGAACCAGGUGCCACUCAGGCUGUCAUUCGAUCCACUUCCCACACAAACAGCCACACAUUUGGCACUGUUGUCCUCGUGUCCCUCAUCCCAAAAGAGACAUCUGCAUAUCCCAGAAAAGAAGAUCCUAUCAUGAAUUGAAGCUGUGCGGAACAUAGAGUCACCCAUGUGCUUCCCCAGAGAGGAGCUCAUGUGUCUGAAGGGUGUAUUUUCUUCUGUCAUGUUGAUGUUUCCUUCUUAAUUUAUAGGAUUUUUUAAUGUAAAAAAUUGCACUGAACUCUAUAAACGUAAAUGCUGCUUUUUGUAGCUCAUAUAAAAAAGGUUCCAUAUUUGUAGUAUACUGCAAUAAUAUUUUUUACAUCCAGCUCUUUAAGUGAUCCUUGUUCUGGUGGCUUUGUGUAAAUAUGUUUGCCCUAGUUGAAUUAAGAAACUUUAAAGGUUAUAAAAUGAAAACAAAAAAAUAAAGUAUUUGUUUUCUGCUAGAUGCAAAAA